AGACAUGACUUUUUAUUCAUCUGAACUGUGGAAGCAAUACCAAAAAUAAAAUAAUUGAUGUCCAUGAAAGAACAAAAGAACAGAACUCCUUCUAAAAAUGAAUAGUGUGUGAAGUGCAAUGUAAGACAUGUACAAGAUACCUCAAGGUUUGUGAUCCAGAAUGAAUGGCAACUCUACCAUACACGUGUCUGAUUUUCUCUUGCAUUGUGUAAUCAACACUCAAGGGCGGAGUGCCACUAUUUGCAUCCUCACUGCAAUCUACAUGCUUUCCAUCUCUGGAAACCUCCUGGUGAUUUUGGUCAUAACAGUGGACCGCCAGCUUCAUACUCCAAUGUAUAUCUACAUUGGCACUUUAGCCGUGAUAGACUUGGCCAACAGCACCAUCAUUAUUCCAAAGAUGAUUUCGGUCCUGCUAUUUGACUUCUCAGUGAUACCUUAUGGAGCUUGUGUUCUACAGAUGUUUAUUAUUUAUCAUGUGGAGGAGAUGGAAUCUCUUCUUUUGACACUUAUGGCAGUAGACCGCUAUGUCGCCAUUGUGUAUCCACUGAGAUACCCUUCUCUCGUUACAAAUAAAACUGUCUGGUUUCUGCUCUUCCUGUUUAACUUUUUUGCACUGCUCAUGAACUCACCAAGUGCUCUUUUUGCUAACGAGCUCUCUUUCUGUCACAGCAAUGUACUUCCUAAUUGUUUCUGUGAUUUUUCCACUAUGGUUCACGUUUCAUGUACAGAAGACCCAAAGCACUUGCAGGUUUUAUCUGCUGUAGUUGUUACUAACGGGGUGUUACCUUUGGGGCUGAUUCUCUUUUCUUAUAUGCGGAUUGUCAUAGCAGCAGUGAAAAUCUCUUCUGUUGCUGGUAAGAGGAAAAUUUUCAGCACAUGUUUUACUCACCUCCUAGUAGUUGGACUGUUUUACAUUCCUCUCUCACUAUCUUACAUAUUACCAGGGAUGGGAUUACCGCUAUCAUUGGAAGCAUAUCAUACAAUGGUCAUGCUGGGUAAUGUAAUCCCACCCAUGCUGAAUCCAUUUAUUUACAGUUUUCGGAGCAAUGAGAUAAAACUAAGCAUCCAUAAAUUUCUAUCAGGAAAGAAAACAACAACUUUAUUAACAAAUUAGCUGAUUUCCCUGUCAUUGCCCACAUAUUAUUUCUGUAAAUUUAAAAUGGGAGAAUUGUAUUGUGCUUAGGUGUGAUCGUCGAUGCCAAAGCUUUAUGACAUUUUCACUUAGCUGGUGGGUUAUAGAUGCCUGAAUUGUGAGCAGAGUAAAGCUU